AUGACUAAGUUCAAGACAACAAUGAUGGAUAAGUAUGGAAGUGAUGCAUUGAUUCUGAAAGGUGAAUAUUUGCAUUUGAGAUGUGCUGCUCACAUACUGAAUCUGGUUGUAAAGGAAGGAUUGCGUGAGAUUAAUAGCAGCGUGGAGGCUAUUCGCAAUGGAAUACACUAUGCGAGUUCUUCAUCAAAUAGACUCAAGGCCUUUGAUUUUCGUGUGGAAGUUGCAUUUGAGAGGAUGGAGGCUGAAGAUAAACCAUACAAUGACCACUUUCAGGAGAAAGUUGAUGGACAUAAAAGAGUUGAGCCAACAUUGAAAUCGGAUUUGGAUUCAGUUGAGAGGUUUGCUCAAAUUCUUGGCAUCUUUUAUAAGUCUACAUUGGUUCUUUCGGCUUCUACGACUGUUGCUGCUCAUAAACUCUACAAUGAGAUAGUAUAUGUUAUGAGAAACAUUACCAUUUUAGGCACAACAGGAGAUGAUGAUGACAUGCAUAAGAAAGCAACAACCAUGUUAAAAAAGUUGGAGAAGUAUUGGAAUCCAUUUGGUGAUAAGGUUGAGAUGAACAGACUUGUGAUGGUAGCAAGUGUGUUUGACCCAAGGAAGAAAAUGAAGUUUAUUGAGCUAUGUUUUGAUAGGCUUUAUGGUAAAAGCAGUGUGGACUCUACACAUCUGUCUGAUUCAGAGAAGAAUAUCUUGAAAGAUUUGUAUGAUGAGUAUACCAGAGCUAGCUUGUUGAACAAAAGUAGUGAUGAGUCAUCUUCUCAAUCUCAGUCAUGGUCUGCGGCUCAAGAUCAGUUUGAUAGUGAUAUGAAUGAAGGACAAGCUCCUGUUGGAUAUGAGGAUAUGGCUGAGAUCUUUGAUGAUAUGGUGAAAGAAACGGGGAUUCAUACUUCUUCUAAUGAGUUGGAUAUGUAUUUGAAAGAGGAUGUGGAGACUUCAAAUAUUCUAAAAGGUUCAGAAUAUGAUUUGUUAUCAUGGUGGAGGUGUCUUCAGUAG